AUGCUGAAACAGCUUUUACUUUUCGUGUUUCUGUUGCAAAUCUCAAAUGCAGCAGAUUGUCCAAUAUGUCCAAGAGGUGGAAUAUGGUCAGAAUGGACAUCAAAUGGAGUGUGUGCAACUACUUGUGGAGCUUGUUCCAAUUUGAAUUAUACUAGAACUUGCUUGUCAGAUGGAUUGAAGAAUUGUCCUUGUGUUGGCUCCACAACAAUCACUCAACCAUGCGGUACACAAGCUUGUAACUAUCCGAGAACUAAUGGUCCAGGUGCUCCAUGUUGUAUUGGUACUCCAAAAAUUGUCAAUAACUGGUAUCACUGUGCAAGUACAUCACAAACUACUCCAACUGCACCAUGCUGUCCAACUGGAGGAGUAUGGAGUGAUUGGAGUUCAUGGGUUCAGAAUGGGAAUUUGACAGAGUACACUCGUACUCGAAAUUGUCUUUCUGGAGGAUUCAGUUGUGCUUGUGUUGGUGAAAGUGAAGAAACGAAGUUUGAAUGUCCAUGUACACCAAUGAGGACAAUCUAUGCAGGGAGCACUGCGUGUGCUCAUCUAACAAGUAAACUUAUUCAUAAUGUGCGUGAGCCGUACAUGGACAAAGCCUUGUGUCGAACAUAUUAUGCCAUGGAAGCUACUGAUUUUCGAAAUGAUUUCGCUUUCUAUAGUGCAAAAUACAAUGCAACUAUGUCUACUGCGGCGUGGCUUGAUAAGGCUGGAAGAUGUACAAUUGGAAAUUUUCCAGGAUCGUAUACAAACACAAAUGGAGCAUAUUGGCGGUUGGGAUUUAAGUGUAAUACUACAAGUGGAGCAUGGUACAAUACAUGGCCAGCAUAUGAUAUUGAUAUGAAGGAAGUGGCAUUGUUCGCUCAGCUUUAUACGCCUAAAUAAGUGUUAUUGCUUAAAUUUUGGGUGUUAUUGCAUUAAAAAGAUAUUUAAUAAACAUGUUCAGUA